CGCCCAACGGGGGCAGGGGGCGGGGCUAUGACUAGUUCCGGGGCUGGAAGAGGCAAGAUUGUUGCGCCCUAUCGGUAGCCCAGCAAUGGCAAUUUUUAGUGUUUACGUGGUGAACAAAGCCGGCGGCCUGAUUUACCAAUGGGACAGCUACUCGCCACGGGCUGAGGCGGAGAAAACUUUCAGUUACCCGCUGGAUCUGCUGCUUAAACUGCACGACGAGCGUGUACUGGUCGCUUUCGGCCAGCGCGACGGCAUCCGGGUGGGCCACGCAGUGCUGGCCAUCAAUGGCGUGGACGUGAAUGGCAAGUACACGGCCGACGGGAAGGAGGUGCUGGAGUACCUGGGUAACCCGGCGAAUUACCCGGUGUCCAUUCGAUUCGGCCGGCCCCGCCUCACCUCCAACGAGAAGCUCAUGCUGGCCUCCAUGUUCCACUCGCUCUUUGCUAUUGGUUCCCAGUUGUCUCCGGAACAGGGCAGUUCAGGCAUUGAGAUGCUGGAGACAGACACAUUUAAGCUGCACUGCUUCCAGACACUGACAGGGAUCAAGUUCGUGGUCCUAGCAGAUCCUAGGCAAGCUGGAAUAGAUUCUCUUCUCCGAAAAAUUUAUGAAAUUUACUCAGACUUUGCCCUCAAGAAUCCUUUCUACUCCUUGGAAAUGCCUAUCAGAUGUGAGCUAUUUGACCAGAACCUGAAGGUAGCUCUAGAAGUGGCAGAGAAGGCUGGCACUUUCGGGCCUGGGUCAUAAGCUGAGCCUGGAGUGGACCCCUAAAUUCUGAGACAUGCUGCAGAACGGCUUUGCUGUUUCUACUCCAGUGAGGAUCCUAUUACAGCAGCCUUGCUAACAUACUUGAAAAUGGAAGAAUGCUGAGCCUGGUGAUGGAGACAGAUCCUGGGCUAGAAAGCUAUGUUCUAUGUCCUUUUGUAUAUAUCACAGUCCUGUGCCCUACUCUGUACAGAUUUAUUUAUGGAGGAAGCUGGCUUAGCAAUGCUGUAAUAAACAUUCCUUUGUUCUA